AUGCCCUCAAAGAUAACUGAGGAAGAGUGGGAGCGCAGAUUGCAGGCUGGAGGUGGUCUGCCUGAUAGGCUCAAGUUAGCUGGGAAGCGAGUCCUGAAGAAACUUGACCCUUACACGGAGAAGAAUUAUUGCAGCAGGCACAAAGACCAUGACCUUGAAGAUGAGCAGAUCAAGCAGCAUUUCAUCAUAUUCCUUGCAAUGCUGCUGAAGGGCAGGGGCGCGGAUGGGGCGCCUAAUGAAACAUAUGUAGAACAGCACUGGAAGGAGUUUACCGCCCAGUGA